CCCGGUCUUCGCCAUCCUCCAACAGCAUGAAAAUCCUGAUAUCGGCGCCACUCAACUUUAAUACCAGCCUUGACUGGUGCCGCAAUUGCCGCAGGAGCGGCUUAUAGUUGUAUCUCCAUCAUGGACGACGUUUCGCCAAGAAACUCGAAGCCCGAAUGGACCACGAUCCCAACCACUCUCCUCCAGGCCGAGCUCUCCCGUCGACAAGAUGCCUUUCCCCCCAAGCCCACAUGCGGCUCCGGCGUCGAGACAGCGAACUACGAUACCGGAAUCCACAUCGCGGCGCUCGUACUCGUUCUCAUCCUCAGCACGCUAGCUUGCGCCUUCCCCAUCGUCUGCCGGCGGUUCCCCAGGGUUCCGGUCCCGCAUCAAUUCCUAUUCCUCUCGCGGCACUUCGGGACAGGAGUGCUGGUGGCGACAGCGUUCGUGCAUCUCUUGCCCACGGCAUUCAUCAGCCUGACAGAUCCAUGUCUGCCGAGAUUCUGGAACCAGCAGUAUCCGGAGAUGGCAGGGCUGAUCGCGAUGGUGGCGGUGAUGGUGGUCGUUGGCAUUGAGAUGUGGUUUGCGAUGAAAGGGGCAGGGCACAAGCAUGCGCAUGGAGAGCUGGGAUUUGAGUUUGAUGUGUUACCGAACGGACCGUCGGAUGAGGAAGAGGCGGAGGCGCUGAAUCCGAGUGCACGAUCUCUCGUCGAUGCAUCCGCCUCCGCUUCCCACCCGCUAUCCUCCCCCUGCGAAUCCCUCCAAUCCGACCGCACCUCCGGCCACUCCCUCAACGAAUCCGACCCCCUAUCUCCCACUAAUUCCACCCCCACCCACACGGAACCCAACUCCCGCACCUCCCACCUCCAAGUCCUCCUCCUCGAAGCCGGCAUCCUCUUCCACAGCAUCUUCAUCGGCCUCUCCCUCUCCCUUACCUCAGGCGCCCCCUUCGCCGUCCUCCUCCUCGCUAUUGCCUUCCACCAAACCUUCGAAGGCCUCGCCCUCGGCUCCCGCAUCGCCAGCCUCGACUUUUCUCCCGUCUCCACCAAGCUGCACUACAUCCCCGGCAUCCUCAACCUCGGGAAGAUCACCCCGUAUUUCAUGUGCCUCGCCUUCGGGAUGACCGUGCCACUGGGGCAGUUCUUCGGGCUGCUACUGGUAGCGUUCGCGCAGCGCGGCAAGGGAGGGGAGGAUGCGGCCGCGUUCGAUCCGAAGUCGGAGGCAGGGCUACUGUUGUUGGGGAUCAGCAACGCCAUUUCGUCGGGGCUACUGCUGUUCUCGGGCUUGGUAACGUUGGUGGCAGAGGACUUUUUGAGCGCGGAGAGCUAUCAGGCGUUGAAGGGGCGGAGGCGGGCAAUGGCGUUGGCAAUGGUGGUGUUUGGGGCGGUGGCGAUGAGCGUGGUGGGGGCGUGGGCGUAG